AUGCCACAGUCAAGUUUCACCCCAGUCUACACCCUUACCACAUCCUCGCAACCUUGGUUCAACAGUGGAAGAAAUUAUGGUUUUGGGGAGCCACUGCAACUGAAUGCACUGCAAAUGGUAGCAAAAAACUCCAUAGAAACGGGAUUCUCUGGUUGGAAGGUAUUCCCAUUGAAACGUGCGAAACUUGUCGCCGCAACAUGUCAAAAGGCGUCUCCACUGAAAACGGUUUCAACCCUAUAUGGCUCAGCUUUGCUUUUGGCUGCACAAGAGUAUGAAGAUUUGAAAAUCGCCCACUUAAGGCCCUGCUGGAUUUUUGGCCAGCCUAGACUUGUGAUCUCGUUGUCCACGCGACUAAAGAAAUGCGUGGAAGCCGUGAGCCAUAUAAUCACUCGAGACGGUGAUGCUCGCCAGUCUAGUGCACCCUAA